ACAAUGUUACCGCUGCCAAGGGUAUGGCCAUAUCAGCAAACACUGUAAAAAGCAGAAAAACCGGCAAAAGAAUUCGGUUUCUGCGACCGAAGUCUCUGACAUAGGCACAGAAGACCAGAUAACCACACAAUAAGUAGCAGAUGAUGAGAUACAUCAUCAGGAAACUGGAAUAAGCGAAGUUGAUGAUGUAGAAACGUCUUCAAUGGAGUUGGAAGAAAGGGACCAAAUGUAAGAAGAAAACGCCCAAGGUGAUAACGAAGUCGCUGACGAUCAACAAUGUGGUGCGGAUCAGGAUUCCAAUAUAGAAACACUGAUGUAGGCAGUUCAGAAAGACCGGAAAAGCGACGUAGACGAUUGAAGGCACAUAAAGCGCUGACAGGGGACAAAAUGAACCUUCUAAAGCAAAGAACCUCAAAGACGACAGCUACGACCAAGGAAGACGACAGCACGCCGCUACCACUCGGACCAAUACCACCAUCCAAGAAUCCAGUGCCAACGCUGGCGGAUUUUACUUUCUUACCACCUGCACCUCCACUACCCAAGAAGCUAAUACAAGCGCCGACUAGGUUCUACAUUCUCACAUGAGCCUUAGUACACCAUAGGUGUUAC